AUGGCACCGGCGAAGGACUCGGGAAGCUCUCUUGUCAUCUCGCAGCUUCAAUACAUCAUCUUCGGAUACCCACUCCAACUACUUGGGGGUUUCAUCCUCUUCAGGCUACUAUGGAAUAAAUUCCAACGACACCUUGUGAAUGUCCCUGGCCCGGCUUUGGCAGCCUAUACCAAAUUCUGGAGGUUGCAUGAUGUCUGGAAGGGCAAAGCACACCUGACCGCCAUCGCGGUGCACCGAAAAUAUGGCUCAGUUGUCCGCAUCGGUCCCAAUCACGUCUCGAUCUCUGAUCCGAGUUUCAUUCCGAUCAUUUACAAUAUCAAAGAGAACUACACAAAGUCGGCCUUUUAUCCCAUCCAAUGCAUCUCGUGGAAGAAACAGCCGGAGAUGAAUCUAUUCUCCACACGGGAUCCAAAUUAUCAUAGAGCGGAAAAGCGAAAAGUCGGCGCAGCGUAUAGCCUGCCAAAUCUUCUGGAAUCAGAGACAGCCAUUGAUUCGUGUAUUAAUCUCUUCAUGAGUCGCCUCGAUGAGUAUGAGGGUGCGAAGAAACCUGUCGACCUGGGAGCUUGGCUGCAAUACUUUGCCUUCGACGUUAUAGGGGAAGUUACAUUCUCCAGCAAACUUGGAUUUCUGGAACAGGGCAAAGAUGUUGAUCAAAUGAUGCACGCUAUUGAAGGGAUGCUGCUUUAUGCAUCUCUGUGCGGUCAAGUCCCCGAAUACCACAAGUUUCUCCUUGGCAAUCCUCUUUUCUCGAUGCUGAUGCCCGCAAUGGAGACGUGGAAUCAGGUACUCAUGUUCACACUGAAAGCAAUCAAUGGUCGAGCAUCCAUUAAGCGAGAUGGAGAAUUGAUCAAUGCCGAUUCAGAAGGUCGAGAUAUGCUUUCACGGUGGGCAUAUGUCAAGUCUUCUGACCCGCUCAAAAUGAGCACGCGAGAUAUUAUUGUUCAUCUCUCGACAAAUGUUUUUGCUGUCGGCCUACUCAUGGAACGCCAUGUGCCCGCGGAAGGCGUCGAAAUCGCUGGCCACCAUAUUCCAGGCGGUACUAUUGUGGGAAUCAAUCCAUGGGUGACCAAUCGUGAUGCAACCGUGUUCCCCGACCCAGAUGAAUUUAAGCCAGAACGUUGGCUGAAAGCAUCAGAAUCUCAGUUGAAGCAAAUGGAUAACAUCUUGGAACUCAACUUUGGUGGCGGAAGUCGGAAAUGCAUUGGUCGGAAUAUCAGUAUGAUUGAGAUGCAGAAGGUGCUGCCACAGCUACUACGAUUGUACAAGGUUGAUUUAACAUACCCGGAGAAGGAGUGGGAGAUCUGCAAUCACUGGUUUGUUCAACAGGAAGGAUUGAUCUGUACCUUGACUCGACGAGCACAUGAGUGA